ACAGAUAUUUGAAGGUGUAAAACUUUAAACAUACUUUGAAAAUAUAGAAUUUUUAACAGUAAGACAUAAGAAAUUCUACAUCUUAAAGCUGUUCCAUAGUUGUCAUACUGAAAAUUUGAAUUCUUAAGGAAUUAUGUCAUAAAACCCAGGCUAUGCACAGCUUCGUCUACCUAAAACCUCUGAAGUCAAAACAAGGACGUUUGAAGGUUUUAGCAUUAAAAAUCCAAUCUGUGCAGUGCUGAAACUAUGCAUGCAAUUGCUCUUAAUAUAGUUGAUAUUUAGUUAGAUACUUGGAAGUUGUCUCCCUACUAAAAGAAUAUGCAUUAAUUUAAGUCUUCAUGUUACGGUCUUUCUUUUUUUCUCCACCCCACAUUUCCUGUCUUGGUGGACAGUCUUAAUUGGUUGGAAAUUAUUCUCACAAACCCAAGUUAACUGAGUAUCUAUAAAUGCACGAUCAAGAAAAGUGAAUAAUGUGAAAAUAGUAGAAGCCUCUGUUAAGUAAGAGAUUUUUUUAAAAUUAAUUCAUUAGUACCCUGUAAAAUAAAGAGUUUUUUUUCAUCAAGUUCUGUAGUUUUUUCCUAAUGCAGGCAGUGCAGGGAGUGAGGUUAGGUGGUUGUGAUGACAGCAGAUGUGUAAGGAUUCCAUGUUUGUCCUGUGCUUGGGCUUUAGCAGGUAAGUAACGGAGAACAUUAUUUUUAUUACUGAAAUUAAUUUUUGCAAUGAAACUUUUUGAUUUCUUUGUUCAGCAUCUUGCAGUGAAUUGUUAAGAGGUUUGACCUAAGGUUUCUCGAACUACCAAAUACACAAGAUUUUGCCUGGUGAGGUUUAGUGCUUUCAGUCUCUGUCUCAUCUCUGUUAUGCUUGUAUCCAAGAUUUCCAUAGUCUUCUGACUUUCCAUGGUUUUCUGAAGGUGUGUAGUUUGCAGUGAAGGAUCUCAAGGCAAAAUGUUGAGCUGGGUUCUCUGUCACACUGCUGAAUGGACUUUGUAGCUAUUAUUAGCUGUUCAUUUUAGUUCACAAUACUUUCAUCUUGCAUCUGAACUCUAUAUUUGUUACUCACUGGGACAGUAAAUCUAGUGCUUCUUACACCAGCCUAAAGAAGUGAAAAAUUGUGGUUUAAAUCUUUAAGAAUUACUGAAGCUACUCCUAAAGUUCUCUCACCUGACAAUAGUUCUUAAGCGCUAGUGUUUUUGAAUAGUUAAAAAGUAUUCUAGAUCCUCUUGAAAAUUUGAAGAAUAUUUUGAAAUUACUCUUAAGUUUCUUGCCAUUACAAACUUCUAGGAGGACUGAAAAAUAGCUUUACUGUUUUCUGGAAGGUCCACAGACUUCUGGGUUGCUUUUGGUCAUUGGCAAUAGAUCAUGACAUAGAACAACUAUUAAGGCACUAGGCAUAUGUUAGAACAACAAAUAUGCCAAAUUUCAUUGCAGUUGUUGCAGUAGUAUCUAGACUUUUUGUAGUCAUAGAAGAUAGAAAUAGUUCAGGUGAAAACUAUAAUUUUGAUAUGAUUCAGCAACUUCAAGAAAUUUGGUAAAAGAUGAAGACUUAACAAUGUAUGCAUCUUGUUCUAGUGCUGUCCAUACUCGCUCCUGACACAAGUAAAAUCGUUUAUGGUAUAACUUUUUACUUUAUCUCUUUUCCUUCCUUUUUCCCAACUUUUCUCUUUGUAAUCUUCUACUUCACUAUCAAAAACAGCUAUGGAAGAAUGACCUCAGUUCUUCUCUGGCUUGUAAGUAGUACUACCUGGCAGUAGUCAGGCUUCAGUUUGUUAUUGCUGAUAGGCAAGGCACAGUGAACUUGACUUUCCUUAUCACCAUUGUUUAGUUUUUACCUGAGAAAAUUCCUGUCUGAUCAGAUGGAAAAUUAGAUGACAAAUAGAGACUCACAUGUAGUUCUCUAUUUUUCUGAAAGGUACGUUUUCUGCAAUACAUAGCAGAGCAGGUUUUUUAACCUUUUCCUAACAAUGCAAUUACCAGUUUUUAUACAGGCUGGUGUGGAAAACAUGAUGAAAAUAGUUAAGAAAACCACCUUCGACCUGCUGGCACAGUAUCAUAUACAAUAAAGCGCAUCUUCUGAUGUACUGGAGGAUUAGUUUGACUGGGAUUAAAAGUAUUUCACCCUUUGUGCCCUUUACCAUUUCCUGCAACUGCUAAUUUUUCCUACAGUUACUGCUAAUUUUUCUUGCUUCCUUUUUCAUAGUGAUACAAACCUGUAAUUUGUUGCUACUUUAAAAUGUUGUUCUGCAUGUUAGCUUUCUUAUACUUCAGUGGUGCUUUAUCUGAAUAAGACAACACUUUGAUGGGGCAGGGGAAGGGGCAUAUCAAGUCUUUGAUGAAUCAGUUGAGUCAUGUAAAUCUACUUUAUAAUUUCAAAUAACUGACUUCUUAAAUGUUAUUUUUAAAAACAAUAAAAUCCACCUUUGUGUUUUAGGGUAUGAAUUGAGUGUGCACAUUGGACUGUCUGAAGCUGAACUUGCUUUGUGAGACAUAACUUUUAGGAUAGGUUGUUGUGUUUUGUUUUUUUUUUUGUAGGUAGAUUAAGGCUUUAGUUUCAUUUCACUCUGGAAUUCCAAUGUGAGGUAUAGAUUUAUUAAAAAACACACAAAAGUAUAUGUUCAGCUCAAUUCUGAAUUAAGUUAAUCCUUACUCAUAGUUAGUAUUGUGUUGGAGGAAAAAUAAUAUUGCUAUUACAGGACGAAAUUUUGUCAUAUCUUAAAAAAUGCAGACCUGUUUGGAUCUGUUGGUUGCAGCUGCUUUUUUAUUAGCAUGAUCUAAAUGCAGGUGACAGGUUGAAAGCUGUGAUCUUCUGAGCUCUACUGCUACUAGAUUUAUUUAUCAACCUGAGUAGUGUAAACUAAUGAGCCAUUGCUGGUGGAAACAGCCUUAAGGUUGUCAAACACCAUGUGUAGAUACGCUAAGAUCUAUUGUUUGAGAUCCUGAUGUAAUUUGACCCUAGUUCAAAACUUUAAACCUUGUUUGUUAGGUAUUGGACGAUCAAUCUAAUUUCAUAUGCAUAUUUUCACAUGUCAGAGCAAGAACUUGACAGCAACAUUAACUGAAUUGCGAGUCUGGUGUUAGAAAAAUAUUUUGAUUCUAUGAAUAUUUUUGUAACAUUCUGGAAUGAUCAAAAAACCCAGACUAAGAUAUAAAAAGUCAGGGACUGUUGGUGGCAUUAGUUAGGGAGUAAACAUCAAAUCUAAGAGAUUACAUGUGUUUCUAGUGAGCUAGAGCUCUGGUCACAGACUGUCACGUAGGAUAUAUAAGAAAAAUCAGUCCUCUUGUAAUGCAAUUCCAACACAACUCCUUUCAUUGCUCGUCUGUUGUUUUGUUUUUUUUUUUCUUUCACAUGGGAAAGUGGAGAUCGUGAAGUCUAAAAACAAGUUUGUAAGUUCUGUAUUUUCCAGUAACACAGAGUAAAAUUGUGUAGUUACUAGUUUAGAGAAAAUGCUUCCUUUAGUGUAGAGCAAUUAUUAUAUUUGGGGAACUUAUUAUGUGCAUGAGAAACAGAAGUGAAUAGAUGCAUUAUAUCAGCAAAGCUAAGUAUUAAAUGCUGUUUUUUUUGUUUGUACUCUUAUUUGUGUGUUCACCUAUCUGCAAUAAAAUAAAAACUGAGAUUCUUGGAUUAAAUAGUUUAGCCUAAGAGAAGCAGAAUAAUGUAUCUUAAUUUGUACAUAUAACGCUUUGUUUUUCCAGGUAUUUAUUUAAGAAAUAAUAUUCUAAUUUGUAAGUCAAAUCCUCAUUGGCUUAAUUAGUGGAUAUGAAUGCAACUUUUAAUUUGAAAAGCAAUUAAGCUAUUAAUUUAACUGCAAUUAAGAUAAAUGUAACUUUUGACAGAUAUAUUGAACAGAGUCAACCUCAGCUCAUCACGAAGGGGGAUACAGAAUGGUGCACCCAGUAGAGGUACUUUAUUGUCCUAAUAUGGUACAGUUACUUCAUUCAAGACUGAAAGUCACCAUUACGCGACACCUGCCUCCAGCCCUAGUGCCAUGCCUGUUUCAUCAGUCUUUCAUUCUGUAUCCAGACUUACAUCUAGCUCUGUAGCGGUUCAGCCAUUGUCUGUACCAGUGAAUGUUUCAGGAACUUCACAAACACUGCAGAGACCAGUGGCUGGAUGUUUAUCAACACAGCAGAUGCCUGGGUCAAGUUCUGGAAUAUCGCAGCCUGUUAGCAGACCUGUAACCGUUCCAGCGACGGCACAGCCACUAUCAAGAAAUAUCACAGUUCCUGUAGCGGCCCAACCUAUAUCCAGGCCAGUGACUACUGUAACAGCACAGCCUGUGAUGCUCAAUCAGGAUUAUAUUAUGGAUUCUCCACCAGCUGCACCUGAUAAUACAUCUGGUAUACUGUUUGGUGUGAGACAGGAUGUCGGAGUUCCACAGUACCAGACUGGGCCAGCAGUGAUUGUAACAGGUCACCAUUUUUAUUGUCUUUUGCCAUCAUUUAUGAAAUCAGGCCUAGCAGGCACAAAUGCACGUUCAAAUGCUGCAUCAAGCACCAUUAAAAAUGGAGGACCUUUUCCACGAGCUUGUCCAAAGUGUAAUAUUCAUUUCAAUCUUAUGGAUCCUCUAAAAAAUCAUAUGAAGUAUUGUUGUCCAGAUUUGGUAAAUAACCUUUGCCCGGGAGCAACCAUAACAGAAUGUUCAAGCACAAGCAAGACUGCUGAAUCUGAGAAAGGAAAAUUGAUUAUGUUAGUUAAUGACUUUUAUUAUGGGAAACAUGAAGGUGACACGCAGCAGGUACAACAGGAACAGAAGACUCAUACGACAUUUAAGUGCUUCAGUUGUAGGAAAGUUCUCAAAAAUAACAUAAGGUUUAUGAACCACAUGAAACAUCACUUGGAGCUUGAGAAGCAGAGCAGUGAAAGUUGGGAAAGCCACACCACCUGCCAGCACUGUUACCGCCAGUUUCCCACCCCAUUCCAGCUGCAGUGCCACAUUGAAAGUACACACACACUUUAUGAGUCAUCUACAAUUUGUAAAAUCUGUGAGUUAUCCUUUGAAACAGAGCAAGUUCUUUUGCAACAUAUGAAGGACAAUCAUAAGCCAGGUGAAAUGCCGUAUGUUUGCCAGGUAUGUAACUACAGAUCCUCAGCUUUUUCAGAUGUAGAAACACAUUUUAGAACAGUUCAUGAAAAUACAAAGCAUUUGCUAUGCCCAUUUUGCCUCAAAGUAAUUAAAAUUGGAGCACCGUAUAUGCAUCAUUACAUGAGGCAUCAGAAAAAAGGGAUCUAUCGUUGCACUAAGUGCAGACUGCAAUUUUUGACAUGCAAAGAAAAAAUGGAUCACAAGACUCAGCAUCACCGAACAUUUAGGAAACCCAGACAGUUAGAAGGAUUGCCUCCUGGAACAAAGGUGACUAUUCGAGCAUCUGUUGGAUCUCUUCAAUCAGGAUCAUCAGCUACAUCUUCUGUUAGUACAAGCAUUUCCAUGUUUCAGUUAUCACCUAAAGCUAAAAAUAAAACCACUAGAAAUCAUAAUAAAUCUAAUGCAAAUAAGUCAAAAGAAAAAUCAAAACCAGCUACAGCAAAGAAGCAGAAUGCAUGGACCAACAGCAAAAAAAAAAAAGUUACAAAUACAGCAUUGCAUAAUCUAAGGUGUCGUUUGGGAGCUCACAAAUGCAUUGAGUGUUACUCGGAAAUAAAAGAUUUUGCAAGCCAUUUUCCUGCUUAUGUCCACUGUAGCUUAUGCAGAUACAACACUAGCUGUAGCAAAGCCUAUGUGAAUCACAUGAUGAGUUUUCACAGUGCUCGUCAAAGUAAAAGAUUUUGGAUCUAUAAGAGGCAUUCGGAAGAGCUACGAGGUGUUACUGUAGUAUGUCUUAACUGUGAUUUCCUGACUGAUGUUUCUGGCUUAGAUAGCAUGGCCACACAUCUGAGUGAAAGCCACACUCAUACUUGCCAAGUUAUUAUAGAGAAAGUUUCUGUAGAUAUCCCAACUGCUGAACAAGUAUCUGACAAACAAGAGCAUGACUCUUCAGACAAAACAAAAGAAUGCCAUCAAAAUCAAACUGAAAAAGUUGCAUCAGUUGAAAAGAAUGAAGAAAACUCAUCAUCGUCAAAUACAGAAAGUGUUCCUAGUUUGGAACUCCCUGACAACAGCUCAAAGAAUUCUUUGCAUGAGAAAGGAGCAUGUUGUGAUUCAGAUAAUAACAAACAACUAGCAGAUGAGCAACAAAAAUGUAUUCAUGAUGCAAGUGAAGUAAAAACUUGCAGAAGUUCAGAUAAUGUUGUCUUGAAUGAGCAGACUAAAGUACGUAGCUUGGAUGAAACUACCCUCUCAGCAAUGAACGCAAGGGACUUAAAGCUAACAUUGGGUGAAGAUGUUAGUUUUGAGCAGUUCUUGAGAAAAAGAGAUGAACCUGACUCGGUUAGUUCAGACAUCAGCGAACAAGGCAGUAUUCAUUUGGAGCCUUUGACUCCAUCAGAGGUACUAGAGCAUGAAGCUACUGAAAUUCUUCAAAAAGGUAAUGUUGCAGCUUCAUCAAAGAAAGCUGGAAAACUCUCCGAACAAGCAGAUGAGACUUCUAAAGAAAGCAGUCCCAACAGAAUGGAAACAACUGUAAGCAAGACAGAUGAAAAUGAAACAAGCUGAAAUUAUGUUCAUUUUAUUGUUUAUUAUGAACAAUGGUAAGAACACCAUGGACCAUUCUUGAUAAGUGUGCUCACUGAUGCUAAUUAUAAAAAAUAAAAAAGGCAAGGGGGAAGGAAGAGAGAAAGAGACACUAGAGGAAAGUUUUGCAUAUGAAGGUAGCAUGCACAACUGAAUUCACAAAAUAUACCACGUUCAGGUAUAUUUUCCUUUCUCUUGGAUGUGAUAUAUCUUAUUAGAUUGACAUUUCAAAGGAGGAACAAAUUAUAAUUUUUGUAGUUAACUAGCUGGGGAUAAGGUGAUUUGUUUGCCAAGAAAAUAUUUUUAUAAAUCCUCAGUGUGCAUAUCAUUCAACAGUGGAAUUUAGUAUUAAUUCCCUUCUGAUGCUGUAACGGAGCACACUUGUAACGAUGGUUAUUGGUCUGCUGAUAACUUGGGUAAACAUAACCCUUUGGACUUGGUGUCACAUUCCUGUCUGUAAGAGCAUGUAAAUGGAAUUAUAUGAAUCUAUGCACCUCUGUACAGGUGUAAUCCUGCCAGGCUGUAAGCUUACCUUAAUAAACUUUCAGUGAAAGUGGAAUUAUUACAAUAAAAAUAUAUAUUUGUGGGGUUUUCAGUGUGCAGGCUGUGCAGCAAUACCGAACAUAAUUGUAUAAAGUAGAACAUACUGCUGAAAAUACCGUAGCUGUUAGGCUUUUACCAUUAUUUUAAUUAUUCUUAGCUGUAGACCUGUAGGAAUGGUCUGGAAGUCACACCAAAGUAUGGUUUAAUGUAAAAACUCUUUUAAGCAAAAAGAAGGAAACCUCCCAACUGGAAACACCAACUGGCAUGCAUUCUGCCAUUCCGCAGCUGCUACUGGCUAACUGUUACAAAAAGGACACAAGGGCAUAUAAAGUACAGUGUACAGUUCAAUUUCAGGACUCUUUGUAGUCUAAAUUCUGUACAGAAAGAUGGCUGCUGGUUUUGGUUUUGUUUUAAUUUGCUUUUUAUUUUGUCUUCUAGUUAGCAACUAGAUGUAGGAAUGCAUAUGAUUAACAUUAGCUUGCUCUUAUGACUUCAUUGCUCCAUUUGAAACAUUCAGAAUGUGCUUCUGACUUACUAUUUUGUUUCUAAUGAAUGUUAAAUGUUUUGAACAGCUGUUAAAGAACUGCUGUAAAUUAUUACUUUUUGAGUAAAUAUUUGCAACAAGA